AUGGAAUCACCCCAAAGUCAACAUGAAAACAAGCCCUCGCCUGCUGUGGCAACCCCACCAAUCACUUCAUGUCGAAGAAAGAAGAAGGAUGAUGCCAACUUCUUGGAGGAUUUGAAGGACCAUAUCGAUGAAUUUGUCAAUGCAUCUAUGGAUGAACACAAAACUUGUUUCAAGAAGACUAUGCAGAAGAUGUUUGGAAUGUCAAAAAUUGUUGCUGAGAGGAAUUCUGGCACCAAGGAAGUUGAAAGUUCUUUGCCUCUUAGAACAACAGUGGCAGACUAG